CGCUGCUGUUGACGGAACAAGGGCGUGAGACAGCGGAGUGCACUGUACUAGACCGUACAGAGGGACGAGAAGGUUGAAUUUGGAUUCUCCGCUGUCAAUCAGUCAGGAUAUGUCUGUAGGAAUGGAAAUGGACAUCAGUGGGGUGUCCAGGGCACAUGUCUCCAUUCCCACAGCUGAGAUCAAAGCCACAUUGAAGCCAGAAGUAGAGAGACCCCGCUGUGCCAGCACCCCGUGCUCCCCCAUCAGAGGUACUGUUGCAGGAUAUCAGAUCCUCCACAUGGACUCUAACUACUUGGUGGGCUUCACCACUGGUGAGGAGCUGCUCAAACUGGCCCACAAGUGGUCAGAGGGCACACCAGAGAAGGGCUCUGUAUCAGAGGCCGUGCCUACCUCCAUCCAGAGCACUGCCCCCAAGUCUGCGGACUUGGGCGUCCACCGGUCCUCACGAAUCUUCAAAGCCAAAGGUCGCUACUACCAACCCUACGACAUUCCUGCUGCCAACGGCCGGAGACGAAGGCGUAUGCCCAGCUCGAGUGAAACCCUCCUCAGGUCCAUGGCCCUCAGUGAGCCUGGGAAGGCUCUGCACUCUCCACUUCCCCUCUGUUUGCUCAAAGGGAAAGGGGCCCAGUCCAAGUCUCUGGACUACCUUAAUCUGGACAAAAUCAGUAUCAAAGAGUCAUCAGACACUGAGGUGUUACAGUACCAACUGCAACACCUCAACCUGCGAGGGGAACGAGUAUUUACCAGAAACAAGACAUGAAAGCACAGUGGAGGGACUUUUUUAGGCGUCUUUUCACCCUCCUUGGGAUUUAGGUGCUAUUUCCAGCUUGUUUCUUUCUACUCAGAUUAUAAACAGUUCUCUAAGCAGACAGCCUGAUAAUCCUGUUAUAUUAUUAUGUGAGGGGUUUACUGUGUACUGUACGCAUAACAUUGUGAGGUCAUUGAGGUUAAAAAUGUGAACUAUAUAAACUUAGCAAUAACUGGUGGACCUAUGUGUUGACAGCAUUGUGUGUGUGUGUGUGUGUGUGUGUACUGGUUAGAUACACACUGGUAAAUCAGCUUACAGCUGAGAGAAGCACAUAUCACAUACUGUAUCAGCUUUAAAACGCUCCAUCGCUAUCAGUCCAAUGCUAGUUUUACUGUUGAGCCGUGAGGAGUUGUUAAUGGUUGUUGUUUUUUUAGAUUAUGAAAUUGAAUAGGACUGUCAGUUCAACAAGAUGAUGCUUUAUUGUGUUGCAAAUGUAGGGUAUUUAUUUAUUUAUUAAUUUAUUUACGUUUUCUUGCUGUCAGUCAAUGCCAAUAGACGUUUAAACCUGUUAUAUACCAUAAGGAAGUGAUGUAAGAGAUAAUACUCCUUUUCAUAUUUGAUAUUUGAAGAAUGAGUAAAGAUAUAUUUCUUACAGUUGGUCUUACAUUAGGACUCUUAAAAUGGCAUAAGAAUAUUGUAUUAGGAUUCAUAUGCCACUUUUAGGAGUUAGUGUAUGUUGCAAACAUUCUCUCAGUCCAUACUGUUGCUAAGGUGAACCCUUAGUUUUCUUUUAUACACUGGAAUGAUUUAGCACCAUUAGAGGGAUGUAGGAAAUAAUGAGGAGGGGAGGAAUGCACCACAUGUCCCAUGGCUGGAUUUGGCCCAAAGACUUUGGUCAGCUACAUUGGUUAAAAAUGUAUUUUACACAGAAUGGUGACUGUGCCGUGCUUCUUAAGUCACACACGGAGCACUACUUCCUGUAGCCGGACUGGACAGAAGAAUGAUAUUUACCUAUACCUAUGACACCUUUGUGGGCUUUUCAGUGCUUUAAUGCAGUGGUUCUCAAACUUUUUGAAAUAUAGCCAAAACAAGUUUUUCGCCCCACAGCUAGUAACCAGUUAACAAAGACAGUGAAAGCAUUAAUCCAUCAAUCAUAUUAACUCUGCUUAGUUUCUCUCCGUACCACGCCCAGCUCAUCCACAGUUCUGUGUCCUGCCAGGGGGCCAGUCCCCCAGUUUGGGAACCACUGCUGCAGCGUGUACUGUUUUCAGAUGCUACAGAAUUCUACACUCCACAUAGAGAGUGGGAAAGAUCCACAGACACACAGAUGCACACGAGUGGAGUGUCACUUCAUUUUUUUCUUCAACUACUUAUUGGUUAUUUUUUGCAAAUAUACUUGGGAAUAUGUUGGCUUUUGUAAACCAUAUUGGUGUGUCAUCAGUUUUGUAUAUUGGUUGUGAGCGCACAGCAGUGUGUAGACGUGUGUCUUUUUAAGUGUGUGUGUAUGUGAGUCCUUACAGCUGGUAAUGGACGGGUUCCCAAUGCCUCUACUGCAGAAACAGGCUUUCUGCACAUGAUUGCACUGUUGGACAUCUACUGUCAGACUAUCUCUGGAAAUGUCAGUGCACCUUGAUAUCAUCACCGUCAUGGCACCGAUUCGACGUUCACUGUAAACGCUGGAAUAUUGUAUAUAAGUAAGCCAUUCGAACACUUACACUCCUCUGGAAGAAUCUCUACACCCCUUGAGUUUAUCACAGUUCGUUGUACUCUUUUGUCUCAUUUUGUCUCAGAACUUUGUGUUCUCUGUUACACUGAAACACUAGAACAUUAAUUUUAUUUAAACCACUUGUAACAUGCUUCUGUGUUGAAUUUGAAAAUGAUAAAUGCAUCUUUCUAAUUGUUCUGUUGUAGAAAAUGAAAUGAUCUGAGUAAACCUGGUGAAGUCUGUGAGACCGUUCAUCUCGAUAUUCUCAGGUCAGAUUAUUAGGGACAGAAGUGUUCAGUGACACAUCUCUAAAUAGAUGUUAUGUUUCAUUUCUAAUUUAGAAUAUGUACAUUCAUUCUUUAAGUAUUGCAGUUGGUCAGAAAGUGUCAGUUAGGAUCAAUGUGAAGAGCAUGAAUUUGAAAUUGAAGUAUUUUGAAUAAUUUAGUGAUUGUCCUUUUAAGUGAAUAUGCUGAUUAUUACUAUGAUGAGUUUUUCCAAAUGUAUUGUGACACACAAAAACUGAAGCUGCAACAAAAAUGGCCAUAGUCAUAAACAUAUCUCUGUGGACUGAUGAGGAGAAUGUGACCUUCCUCAAAUGAAUACAUGAAACUAGCAACAUGGCACAUUUCUCUUGUGUUUGUCUUGAGGUUUAAGUGCAGUUCUCUCAUCCUCAUAUUGCCUGGCUGACCUCUGCAAUGUUUAAUGUUUACGUGGCCUAACCUUACUGGAACAGGAGCGGAUGGAAACAUCAUUAAUUUGUAUUUGAUUGUGGUGAUUUAGUUGAGAUUUGAAAUGCUGAAUGGAGCCGACUCUUAUGUGCGCUUGAAAUGGAUGUCACAUGAUGUUUCAAAACUCUUUAGAAUUUCACUGAGACCUUUUAUAAAUGUUUAGAGGAAAAAGACGAUAUUACAUCCAUUUUUACGCUAGGCAUCAGUGAGCCAGUGUGCGACUAAAAUCUGAAUCUGAGCAGUGAAGGAUGUGAAGUGUUGGUCAUUUAGGCAACAGUUAAAUUACCAUCCUUUAGACAUGUUGGGUGGUAAUCUUCUUUUCUUCAACUUUGUUGUACUCAUCUUAUUGUGUUCAGUAUUUCUAGGUUAAUCAAUAAAUUCAUAAAAGUAACUUU